AUGACCCUUAUUGAUUUUGGGUUCCAAUCGUUAAAGGUUGAGGAUCAAACAGGAAAGUAUGCAUCUACUGAAGGAACAACACCAGUUCUUGAAACAGAUGCAUCUACUGAAGGAACAACACCAGUUCUUGAAACAGAUGCAUCUACUGAAGGAACAACACCAGUUCUUGAAACAGAAUCGUCACAUGAAGAUGGCAACAUCACAAGCGAAACCACUACUGUAGCUGAUGAAUCCCUUGAAGGAACAACAUCACUUCUUGAAACAGAUGAGUAUGGUUCUGAAACUACUGUAGAGGCAACAGAAUCUUCGACAAUUGACCCCAGUCCGCCGCAACGUAUCAUUCUUGCCUUUUCACUGAUGGAUGAGAAUAAUCGAUGGAUAAAACUGGUGUAUCCAAAUAGCAUCACAAUCGGACUGUCAUUAGAAUUGUAUGGGAACACAUCGACAAAUAUCGAAAUAUCGCUGGUUGAUGUUACAUCUAAUAACGAAUCCCGGGUUUUGAAAACGAUAUAUCACACGGUCGAAGGAGAAGAUUUAGUUACUUCCAAUGGUUCUAUUGAUCUAGAUUUCCUUGUGCAACAUGAUCAUUUUUCUGAUUUUGGUCAUUAUGACGUUAAUUUGGUGGCGGGUUUGGUCAAUUCAACGCUUACAGACGAUAUCAGGAUUGCUUUGUCUGUAUUAUACGAUGAGAUUAUACCUAAUGUUGAGAUCAUCUGUCUACCAUAUAUGUAUGUCGGGACUUCAGAGAAUUUCGCUGCCUCUGUAAUUCAAGGGGGGCGUGUUGGACUCUCUUGGACAUGGGUUAUAGACGCUCUAAACAUCAACAAAACCACAUAUUCAGAAUCCAAUGUAACGAAAAACGUACAAGUGUUUAACAUUUCCAAGACUAGAGAAAUCAAACUAUCCGUAUUUGUUUCGAAUUCAGUUUCAAAUUCAACAAACUCUUGUAUGGUAACAUCUCUGUAUCCUAUGGAAAACUUUAUCUUUUGUCCGGAGCAAUCCCUUUACAAUACAACAGAAACUGUCAAAUUCAGCGUGAAUACAUCUGCAGUCAAUUUUCCAUUGGGAUUGGAAUCUAUAAAAACGGAUGGAAAUUUUUGCCCGGCUACAAGUGCAUCUAUCUCAGAUGAGAACGUUACCAACUUUAUACUUGCUUGCAACUUCACAAAGCAAGGACAUCAUGUCGUACAUGCACUGCUAACAUCAAAGAUUGCAUCGAUUAACCUUUCAACUACGGUGGAUAUCUGGGAUGAACUAAAUUAUCUACGGAUACAAGCUUCAAAAAAGCAUGCCAAGGUUGACGAAAAUAUUAAUAUCACAUUAGAAAACUAUCCCCCGUCAUACUUUAAGCAUAACAUAUCCUUUGGAGAUGGACAUACAGAUGGACAUUCGUCGAAUGAAUAUACAGUUCAAUUCUCGCCGGCAGAGUACAUCAAAAACUACAGUUCACCCGGAAAUUACACAAUCGAUUUUUUUGCAUGGAAUGAGAAAUAUUUAAGAAUAUCGAGAAUAAAUAUCUUAGUGGAGUACCCUUUGAUUGAUUCCGCCCUAAGACUUUCUCCUGAACAGUACAAUUUACCAGUUCCAGAUGGCCUUGUUGAGUUUACCUUGAGUUAUGAAAAACAGCCACUUCCCUCUAACGUAAUAUGCAGGGUGCAUUUCGACGAUAAUGAUUCAGAAAACAUGUACGCUGUUUUCGAUAAGACCUCCAAUAUUUCUUUUCGUUAUAUAUUUAACAGCAGUGGGUUUAAAAUGGUCACAUUUGAUAUCAGCAAUUCAGUGAGCUCAUCCCGUUUGAUUUCGAAAAUCAAUGCUAUGCAUUUCAGUUUGAGCGACAUUUAUUUGAUAUUUCAAGAUCCAUCACCAAUGAAUAAGACGAGGAAUGCUACACAGCCAUUUACGUCUAUUGCAGUUCCGACCAAUGUUGAAUUUAAAAUCUUUUUGAAGAAUUGCUCCCGAUUGCCAUACAAUAUGACAGAAACUUGGAACUUUGGUGACCAGAGUACAAAAACCUAUAAAAUACAAAAUAGAACGGAUUUCAAACGGAAUCAUACGUAUAAAACUCGAGGUACUUUUGAGCUACGUGUUACGUUCAGUUUUGCAGGACAAGCUUUCACGUACAUUAAUAAUGUAUCUACAGGGGCAAUGAUGGUAUCUUGUAGCAGUACUACUGCUGAUUUACGCAAAAGUCCAUUUAAUUGUACAGUGGAAAUGGAUGGCAACGCCACGAUAGAUUAUUGCCCCGAUUCAGGAAAUGUUUCUAAAUUAGAGACAAAAACGAUAAUUUCUAUUGAUCAAAGAGUUAUUACUAUGGAAUCUGUUUACAUAAAUUACACAAAAUACGGAUAUUACAUGCCCAAAUUUAUUGGCCACAAUGAUGAGGUUACAGAAGAGGUUUACCUUGAUGUUCCCCUCAUUUUUGAUUUUGAUCUUGAGAAUGAGAUAGAGCUCCAUACAAGUGCAGAGAUAAACAAUGGAAUAGUACCACUGCCUCCUGGAAACAUAAAUAUAUCCAUUCAGCUGUCUUUAAAUGUAAACAACACGCGACCAUUAGUAAACUGCUCCUUGAGUACUGGUGAUGCAGUAAAUCGCUAUAUCUACAAUGAUCGUCACAACAUUACUAGAGAUAGUCCCUUAGUUUUCCGUCACAAGUAUUACGAUCUUGGAAAUCAAACAAUCGGUGUCACAUGUGAAAAUUUCGUCUCCCGCGUUACUCUUCUAGAUGUUACUGAGGUAAUAAACGUUUGUUAUGGAGACGAAGGGAUAUUUGAUCGACAAUUUUCUAUGCCAAGGAAAUCCAUGAAAGUUCUUGAUUUAAGCGAUGUAUAUAUUGGAAACAGAAUGAGUGUACUUUGUGACAGUAAAGACAUAACCUUCUCCUGGGAGAACUGUUCAUCACUAGACAUGAGAAAAGGAGUAUGCUUAUUUAACAGAGAUGCUACUCUCAAACAAGGACAAUACAAAAUAGUUCUAAAUGUUUCCAUUCCAAGUUUGAGGACAUACUUAAUUGAACCGAUGUUCCUUACAAUCCUUCCGUCUGCUCCCUUUGCGUAUAUUUCUGGUGGCAACUUGAGGAAAAUUUAUGUAAAUGAAAUCAUCUCUUUCUCUGCGGAAAAUCUAUUAGAGCGGAACAAUCAUAAUUCUGCGUACUUUUGGCACUCAAACAGAUGCAACGUAAACUGUAUGAUGGCGUCAGCAGUGUCUACACAAACAAAAUUUGCUGUCUCAAGCGAGUGUCAAACAUGUCUCCAUACAAACAUCUCCCUCCGCUAUAACUGGUCGCUUUUUGAGGAGAACGUCUGGAUAAAUCUGGACAACUUGACAACUACCGGUACUGAAGGUCCGGCAUUUUCAAUAAAGAAAAAUAAGUUGACGCCAGACAAAAGAUACAACAUCGUUUUAACAGCAGUUGAAGCUAAUGGAACCAGUAACAGCACCUUAACGAUGGCUUUUAGGACAAGUAAAGGCGGAGCUGGAAUAAGCAACACCUGUAAUACCAGUUUUAUAUCCGGAAAAGUCGCAAUAAGUGCAAACUGUACGGAUUGGAAAUUGACUGAUGGGAAUGAGGCGAUAUUGCGUUAUCUCUUCGAAACAAUUACCAGACGGCGAUCCACGUACGGAGACGUAGACGAAGUGGUGAACUACCUCUAUCAAGGAUAUGAAGGUUCAAUAUUUGAAAUGCCUAUACAGGUUGGCGAUGAUGAGUUCAAUAACAGUGUUAUAUUCCGCAUACGGGUUUACAAUGAGACAGAAGAGUAUGACGUCCAUGAAGAAGUCCUUCCCUAUGUACCAAUACCCAAGAAAUACUCAUCAAACAGUAGCAGCGACAUAGGCCCCAUCUCCAGACUAUACGACGAAUUUAACAGUACUGUGGGAUCCAUCAGGCGAGGGGGUGAUCCCAUCCGGGUCUUCAGAUAUGUUGGAUCAAUAGCAUCUAUGUUUAAGCCGUAUAAACAGAACAUAUCUGUUACAACAGAAAAAGACAUUUUAAAUGGAGAAACCUCUGUCAGAUUUCAGGAAGACUCCGUCAUCGUUGAAAAAUAUAAAAAAAUAACAUCGAAUAUGAUAAGUAUAUUAUCCGAAGAAGGGAGAACCUGUACAGAUUCUAACUACAAACGAUUUAGCUUAACAGACAAUCAGCUCAUAUUUAGUACUAUUGACGCUGUUGUUAGAAAUCCAUCAUGCCUCAAAUUAGAAGUGCUCGAAAAACUGAUCCCAUUUGUAGAGGAUAUGGCAGAAUGUUUUACUAUCCGCAUUAGAAAAACUCAAAACCCUCUACCAAACCACUACAUAGAAACCAUUGAAGAUAUUUUGAAACACAUUGUAAGAAUUUUCAACGUAAUUGUGGAUGUAAUGCUACCACAACAAUUACAAGAUUUCAACGAGGACAUAAACGAGGAAAAUAUAGCACAUGAACUGAUGAUAAAAAAACUUCGAUCUACGAAGCAAUAUGAACUUAUCAGUAGAAAUCUAACAGAACAAGAGCUCAAUGAAAUUACAGCAAAAAGUAGGCUUCUGAUGAAAUUACGAAGUCAUGAGAGGGCCACACAAUACAACCAGAGUAAAAUAGCAGAGGCCUUUUACAGACGGAUACAAGACACGUUGAUGAGCGUCCAAUCUGCCUUACUUACUACGUUAGUGGUAGGGGAAAAGAUGGAGUUCCAUGAACGCUAUCUAAAACUUAUAGUACAGAAAACGACUUUCAGGGAAUUUGACAGAGAGAAUGCCAACAACACGAAUCUUCGGCAAUAUUUCAUCGGCAUACAGAAUAUAAAUGACACGAAUUAUCUUAACUCCAUCGUUGACGUCAAGAUUAUUAUCUAUGGGAAAAAUCCAAUAAUAUUCGGCGAGAACGCAAGCAGUUUGACAUCGGAUGUAUUUGCGUUCAACUUUGGAGAGGAAACUGUUGUGGAUGUGAAAUUGAAAAACCGAGGAAAACCCCAACCUUAUCUUUACAGCCCCCUGUACAGCCAAAGUUUGAACGAGAAGAUAACACAUUUUUACUUUGACGUAAUGAACAAUGAUGACGCAAUUUUGAUAUACCUCAAACCACACAAUUUUCAAAUAGAUUAUUUCCCGAGCAGGGCAUUGUAUACAUUGUACGUAUCACCGAAACCUUUUCCUACUGCUGCCACCGUCAGAAAAGAGCACAUGUUUAACACCUCCAUAAGAAAUUGGGACAAUGAACACGGAUACAAAGUUUUUGUUCCUGCACAUGUUUGUCUUAAAGGAGUCUGCUAUUUGGGCAUAAAACCGGUAAAAGAUGAAGAAUCAGCAAUACGAAGAAUUACUUCCCGAAGGAGGAGAGAUGCGGAUCCGGAUUCGUUAAAGAGCCAUUCAAUUUCCGUCAAUUCGACGUCUGACCUUUCAGAUGCUAACUUUACUUUACAAGUCAUUACUACAGCAUGUCGAGCGUGGAAUAAAGAUUUGAACGUAUGGGAAUCCGACCAUUGUAUGGUUCUUCCCAUGACGACAAUAGAAGAAACUAUAUGCCGCUGUACCGGACACACCUUUUCAUCAACAUUCCAUGUGCCCCCUAACAUGAUAGACUUGUAUAAAGUGUGGGGAAAAUUCGACCCUGAGAAUGCCGCUGUGUAUGGAGUUAUUAGUGCACUGUUAGCUAUCUAUAUGGUGUUGGUUGUUGUGUUAAGACGAGAAGACAGAAGAGAUAGAGAACGGUGGGCGGUGUCUUUCCUCUGUGACCACACUGCAGAAGAUCAUUACCUUUAUCUGAUGACCGUGUAUACAGGAUUAAGACGACGGGCAGGGACGACCUCGAACAUUUACUUUGUGCUCAGAGGAUCCGAAGAUGACAGUGAAAUACGUUUUCUAAGUAAUGGAGAACGAAAGGGAUUUACUGCUGGAAGCAUUGCGACGUUUGUUUUCGGCACUAAGCACUGUUUGGGUGACUUAGAGUACUUGCGAAUAUGGCAUGACUGUUCGGGUCCCGGACAUCUUCAGGACUGGUUCUUAAAUAAAGUAGAAGUAGAAGAUCUCCAAACAAAUGAACGAGAUGUUUUCUUGUGUGACAACUGGCUCUCGUUGUAUCAAGAAGAUGAACUUAUUGAACGAGUUCUUCCUGUGUCAACCACCGAAAACCUGACAGCAUUCAAAACGCUCAUUGCACAUCAAACACAAUUGAAUAUCACAGAACACCAUAUUUGGUUGUCGCUUCUCCUACGACCGAGAAAAAGUACAUUCACACGGGUACAAAGGUUAUCUUGCUUGUUAGCACUGCUUUUCCUAAGCAUGAUUUCAAAUGCCAUGUACUACAGAUCAGCUGAAGAUGAAGUCAUGCACAACGAUGUACAUAUCGGAGUUUUUAGAUUUUCAGUUUCGACAAUGUUUGUUUCCUUGAUUGGAAUUAUCAUCACCACGAUACCAAUAAUAUUUCUAACUAUUCUUUUCCGACAUAGACGACUCAGAAGAGUGUCCAAAAACUCUACAACUAUAGCUAGUCAAAAACAAGAUGAAUCUGAAGAUACGGGUUUUAAUAUUCCUGUGGAAUGUAUCAACGAAGACGAAAAACCGUUGCCUCAUUGGGUCUUAUACGUCGCCUGGGUGUUUCUGGUAACAACCAUAGCUGUUUCUGCGUUUUUUCUUUUGCUUUACAGCAUGGAAUGGGGAAAGGCGAAAUCUGAACAAUGGCUGGUAUCCUUUGUCUUCUCGUUUUUUGAGUCGGUCAUGCUUGUUGAUCCCAUUAAGGUCUUAGUCGUGGCUCUAGUAUGUGCUACCGCAUUCAAAACUAUACUACACGAGAGAGAAGUAAAGAUACACAUUGGCCAACUGAAAAAGUUUUCUGCUCUUUUCAAAAAGUCAGAGAAGCACCAGUUUGCAGCAUUUGCCAAUAGCUUUUUGAGAGAAUCCGAACUGACACAAGAUGAAAUAGAAAGACUCAAGGCCAGGAGGCAGGAGGAAAAGAGAGCAAAAAAGGCAGUAACCAAAUUAAUUGUGUUUGCCGUAUAUCUAUUUGGCAUUUACUCCAUAAGUUUCCUGGAGAGGGACACCAAUUCGUUCCAUUACAAAUCCAACAUAGACAACUACUUAUAUUCGAGCAACAAUGGACAACUGGGAUUUUCUUCCAUAAACCGUACAGCGGAUUUCAUAGCAUGGCUGAGAAAAACAUUUCUACCGACAUUUUAUCCAGAAACCAAUUAUGCGGGUACAGAAUUGGAUGUGCGAGACAAGGAAUGGUUCGGGGACAGAGCAAGCAUCCGUGUAGGACCCGCUCGACUCCGUCAACUAAGGACCAAAGAAGCAUUAUGCCUAGUGAUGAAACUAACUUGGCCCUAUCCAUGCAUUCACGAAUAUUCAAAUAAAUAUGCUGAUACGACUCAGCAUUGUGAGGAAUGGAAACCGUACCAUCCGACAUGUGCAAAACAGUCAACCGACAAAUCCUUCACUGCCGAUUCCUGGAAAUACACAGACGGUGAAAAUAUAUGGGGAGUACCUAAAACCGGUGAAUAUGGUACUUAUGACGGUGGGGGAUACAUUGUGCUCUAUACAAAGACACGUGAACAAGGUCAAGCUUUAGUUAACGAACUUGUAAGAACGAAUUGGAUCGAUCGGAAUACUCGCGCCGUUUUCUUGGAAUUCACAUUGUACAAUCCGUAUUGCAAUCUAUUUGUCUAUACGUUAUAUUUGGUAGAAUUUAUAGAGACCGGUGGAAUAAUAAAGUGGACAGAAACACAAGCAUUCCGACCUAUAGUAUCUGCCAAUAUGGUGGGGACCUUCACUACUCUCUGCUAUUUAAUUUUUAUCAUAUACUUUAUGAUAACGACAGUACAAGUAUUCUUCAAAGUGAAAAGAUUUGGCUGCUUAGAGUUUGCGAAGCAGCCGUGGAACUGGGUUAAUGUGUUGAAUCUGUUUCUCGGAUAUGUCUGUGUUGCAGUCUACAUUACUAGAGUAUCAUUUUCCAAGAAGGCAAUGCAGCUAUUCUAUGAUAACAAGUUAUCGCAAAAAGAUAUAUUCAUAAAUUUCAACCACAUUGUGAUAUGGGACAAUGUUUUUAAUUCCGUAUUUGCUGUAAUUGUAUUCCUCUCGACCAUCCAGCUUCUGAAGAUUUUGGGAUACAACAAAAGAUUCACUCAGAUUAUAUCGGUGAUCGUCAACGCAGGAGUAGACAUAGGAGGGUUUGGUUUCAUCUUCGUUCUAAUCUACAUUACUUUCGCCAUGUUGGGAACGCUGCUUUUCAGUGUGCAGUUAAAAGAGUAUCGGGACUUUUUCACAACUUGCGGUACUCUAGCAAACAGUUUCAUUGGAAAAAAUAAUGUGAAGUCGAUGGUCACUGCAGUUCCAACUCUUGCCGAAUUCUUUUACUUUUCGUACAUGUUUUGUGCAAUCAUGGCCUUGAUAACAAUUUUUGCCGCCAUUUUGAAUAAAAGCAUCGACGAAGUCAAAGAAACACUUGAUGUUGAGUACGAAAAACUUGGAAUUAUACACUACGUAAACUCCGUCAUCAAAGACAUAUUUGGGACUGUCUUUCGAGGAAAUGCAGAUCGCAGACAGGUCACAAAACAAGCUACUUACCAGGCGCCUUUGACAGAUGGUGCUGACGCGUAUACUUAUUUGCGUCUACUGAGCAGAACUUUUCAUAACAUCCUGGGAAGUGAGGACAAAAUGACAAAAUACCAAGUGGAUGCAACAGAUUAUGACUUGUACGAAAUUAAAGAAAACGGAUCCAAAGGAGAUGCAAAACGCAAGAACAUUUUGGAGAAAUGUGUGUUCGCUCCCAGCCAUAAACAAACAGACAAAGUUCAUGUUUCAUUCCUGUGAGACUUUUGACUGAAUCUAUAGUUCUAUCUAUAUACUGUUUAACUGAUUACAACAGAAUAUAUUGUAUGGGAUAUACAUGAAUGAAACACAAAGAUUAUGUACGUGAUGCAAUUCAUGCGAGAAUACUUUUAAUAAGGGGUGUCUUCCCCAUGUAAUUAUGUUCCACAAACGAAGUUUGGGAACAUAUUGGUUUUACUCUGUUUCUUAUCAUUAUUAUGUCUCCGAACACAAAGUGUCGGAGACAUAUUGUUUUUGCUCCGUUUCUUAUUAUUAUUAUUAUUUUCUUCUUCUUAUUCUUAUUAUUCCUCUUCUUUAGUGAGAAAUUUGUCCGACCGAUUUUGUGAAAGUGCUUCGACAGAUCCACUUCAAACUUUGUGAGCUGAUAGGGGGUCACUAGGAGGGCUGCAUUCAACUUUUCAAAUUUUCAAAAUGGCCGCCGUUUCAAGAUGGCGGCCAAAAAACGUCAAAAACUCAAGGUUGUCGGGUUUCAACCAAAUUCAAUUUCUAGGGUACUUUAGUGACCCCGAGUCCAUUUCCACCAUCAAAUUUUUUUUUUGAGCCGCCAUUUUCAAAAUGGCCGCCAUAUACCGAAAUAUUUCAAAAAGUUGAAAUCUUUACAACAUUUGGGUUCUGGGGUAAAUUGAGGGUCCACAAUUCAUUACUAGCAUCAGUAUUUCCUUCCAAUCUGUUUUCAAAUGUUUCAAAAUGGCCGCCAUUGAAGAAAAUGGCGGCCAAAUUACAAGUCCGUCGGAUUUCAACCAAAUUUAGUUUCUAGGGUUUUUAGAGGAUCCUGAUUGCAUAUCCGGUAUCAAAAACCAUUUCUGACAUGGGGAGGUGUUCGGAGACAUUUGUGUUGGCAUCCCAACACAGUUAUAGCUCGUUAUUAUUCUUUCUUCUUGUGACUUUUUUGUCCACGAGUGUUCUCAGAAACUACUCAAGGGACCAAGAUGAAACCUUUUUAGGAUGAUAGUAUAGCAUAUGUAGAUGUGCGGAACGAAUGUCAUUUUGUCUGAAAUAGCAUGCAUGUGCAUUGGAUUUUUUGUUUACAAACUUUGGAAUCUGUCUAACCUUUUUAUUUUUCAAUGAAAUCGUUUGAUAUUUAUAUCGUAGGUAUAGCUUGAGACCCUAAACUGUUUGGCAGAGUUAAAAUUUCAAUUUUGCACAUGCAUGCACGUGUGCUUUAAUUUGAUUGGAUAAUACAAAAACGCCUCUAACUUUCAUAUCACUUACGGAAAUCUAAUGAUAUUUCCAGGAUAGGUAGACAUACCAAAUAUCUACAGAUCGAUGUAAUAAAAAUUGCAAACGCGCAUGCGCACACACGUGCAUUGUCUUUUGAAGGUUCAAUUCUUUCAAUGACCAUAACUUUUUUGUUUUUUGUCAAAAUCAUUUGAAACUUGGGUUGUAUAAGUAUCUUGGGAUUCUUAACAGACUUGUAUAAUAGUAAUUACUCUCCAACACGAGCAUGCACGUGUGCUAAAUUCUGAUUGGACGAUUUUCAAAUCGCCAUAACUUUCUUAUAAAGGAUGGAAACAAUAUGAAAUUUACAAUUUAAGUAUAUAUAUCAAAUGUCUAUUGAAUGACAUCAACAUUGAUGCUCAGUCAUACUCACAUGCGCGUGUAUGUACGUGCAUAGCUUUUCUUUCAUUUUUCGGGUACUAAAAUCGCCAUAACUAUUGAAUUAAAAACUGAAAUGAAUUCAAAUUUAUCCUGUAGAUCUAUGAUAUGAAUGCCUAUUAAAUGGUGUCAACAAAAAUAGUAUUAUCAAAAUCGCGUGCGCGUGAAUGAGCGUGCAUUGUAAUUUUUGACAUCUAAAUUCAAGUAUUGGUUUAUUUAUAACAUUUUAAGAUUGCAAUGAAUAGGUUUGAAAUUUAGGUUACCGAUAUGUUUUGGGCCUGUCCAUUAAUUGAUGGUGUCAAAAUCACUUCUGCACGCGCAUGCACGUGCGCUUAUUUCUGAUUGGACGAUUUCGAAAUCGCCAUAACUUUCUUAUAAGGGAAGCAAUCGAUACCAAAUUCAUAUAGUAAGUAUAUCGUUCAAAUGCCUAUUAAAUAGCAUCAACGAAAAUGCUGUGUGAUACUCACGCGCAUGCACGUGCAUUGAUUUUGGUCGUCAUAGUUUUGAGUUGCUAUUCAUUUCUCGUUUUUCAUUGAACUGUUGUGAAACUUCUCUUAUAGUCAUAUAUUUAGACUUGUAAUGUAUCAACAUGAUAACAUUACUCAUCAACACGUGCACACACGUGCGUGCACGUGCGCAGAAUUUUCAGAUAUCUAUAACUGAUUUGUUUUAGCGUGAAAUCGACUGAUUGAUAUGGUCAAAACAACUUGUACUGAAACAAAUGACACCAUUUUCUAAAUGGGGGAAUGUUUGGGGAACAUCUGUAACGGUCCCCGUUACAAUAAGUACUAGUUUCUUUUAGCUUUUAGCUGCAGUUUUUGGUAGUCGAUUACAAAGCGAGGGAAUACAAUGGGAAAAAAUAAUAUCAUAGUUGCAUUCAAAUAUAGCCCUAAUCUAAGUACCAAUUUUAUCUCACCAGAGAUGUAGGUUUGGAUGCUCAUUUCUGCUAACUAUGUAGAUGUUACAAUUUAACUUUUGAAAAACAUUUAUCCAUUUGGUUAACUUUAUGAAUAUGUUCUAUCACGGUGUACCUAUACAGUGUAAUACAUGUUUCUUUGUCAAAUUCUGAUUUUAGGCCAAUAUUAAGGAAAGGUAUGGUUUGGUUUAAAUUUUCAGAGCAAUUUGUAAUUUUCCGGGGUUAUGAUAGUUUCAAACCAUAUCCGUAUUUUAUUGUAAUAUUGCAAAACAUUCUUCUUUGUUCGUAUUUUAUCAUCGUGAGAAAAUUACACAAUAUUGAUUUCGUUUCUAAUUACAUGUAAUUUAAGUUCAUUACUAAUCUUAUUCUAGAUUGAAUGUUCUAUCAGGUGAAUUAUCUACAAACCAAACAUGCAGAUGAAUACAAAAUCAAGAUUUACUGUAAUGUACACAACCCGCUGACUUUGGACAUGAUAUAUAUCUUAAUCAAGGAAAAGUGAAAAAUCAUAGAAUUCAUGUGAAGGUCAUAACUCUAUAAUGGGUCUGUUUGAAAACGUGAGUUAUCUCUCUUUGUAUUCUAACAUUUAGUGUAAAUAUGACAACUUCCUGGUAGUAAAAACAGUUGAAAUAAUUUCUAAGGAAAUGUUAAUGGAAACAAAAGAGAAUUUCUUAAUCGAGUCAGGGGUGUGAUUUUUCGGGGGGGGGGAUAAAUAAAUAAUUUCAAAAUGAGACAUCCACUGUUCUACAAAUUUCUCCAAUAACGACUGGCAUGAUUAUUUUGUACGAAAUCUGAACAGAACUACUGAUUCUCAAAAGAUGAUGGCAACUCAUUAGCUCAAAGAUCGGGUUUUCACGAGGAUCGACACGUGUAUGGAUCUUGCCUACCAUGCCCCCCCCCCCCCCCCACGCCAAAAUUAUAGUAGGAAAUCAACGCUCUAACUGUUAUAUCAGGGCUAAAAUUCUUCCACUGCUACCGGCCGACACUUUUAAAAAUAAAGCAGAUUACAAUGUUUGGGUAACUCUCUCCAAAGUAACUGGACGUGUCCACUCUGUGUACAAAUCAGUUGUACAUUUGUAGCAUGCAGCUGGGAUUGUUUAUCUCAGCUGAGAUUGUUUAUCUCAACCGGUAUAUUUAAAAUGCAGUAAAAUAGGUAAUUAAAUCAAAAUCAAUUUUCAUUUGUUAAAUAUUGCUCGAUUGAUAAAAAUUAUUUUUCAUAGGUGUGGUCGGGGGGGGGGGGGGGGGGGUACUUGCCACUCUUAGAUGUACUAUUUGGGGAAUAAGUAAGUUUGAACCCCCAAUAGAAUGCUUUUGACGUCUCUGUAUCUUCCCUCUUUUCCUCUUUUAUUUGUUUUAGCCCCCUUGAGAUGUUUGAUUAUGUAGACACGUGUCGUAUCAUAACAGAAAUUGUAAUGACAGAUUUAGAGGGUAUCCCCCUUUCGCCACAAAUUUACAAAAUAAUAUGAGUAAAACUCCAAAUACUUUACCCGAAGUGGCUGUAUGACGCUUCUCGAAUAUACUACCCGGAAGUCUUAAACUACAUUACUUAAGCGCACUACGUUCCGGAUCAAGUAAAGGUAAUUCAUGUUUUCGGAUUGAUCUGUAGAUAGAAAUCAGGUGCACAUAUUCAGAAUGCGUUAUAGCUGACCUAGCGUCAUCAACAUAGGGUCAAUGUUAUUUAGAAAAGAUCAAUGUCAAGGUCAUUUAAAAUACCAUUGAUGUCAACGUUAACUAAAAUUCACGUGUACGGGGGCAAGAACAUUACCUAAAUUAUCUGUGUGAUAGGUUUAAAGAAGAAAAAACUAUUUGUCUUAAUUGUGAUCAAAGUGCUAAUUAGGUAGCUGAGAAUAUGCUUUUAUUUUUGCCUCUUGGAAGUUAAAAGUUCUCAGUCAUUGAGAGAAAAGCAUUGUCUCUAAGCUAUAAUUUAAAUACAAGCAAAUACUCUGAGACAUAAUUCAUUAUAAUCUAAGGUUUAAUCUGGUCCUGACCCACGGCCAAUAUUACAGAGAAAAAUAUGAAUAUUUCAGUGUGCCACGACUUCCAAAUAUAGAAAAAAAUUCAUGAUUUUUUAAACAUCUGAAUCACCAUUUCUCACGUGAUGAGUCUUGAUAUCAACCUUUUAUCUGUAGAUAAAUUAAACGUGUUAAUUCUUUUGACAGCUACUACCUUGUACCUGUAGAUUAAUUAAACGUGUUGAUUCUUUCGACAGCAAUUAGCUUUUACCUGCAGAUAGAUUAAACGUGUUAAUUCUUUUGACAUCAAUUGCCUUUUACCUGUAGAUAAUUUAAACGUGUUAAUUCUAUUGACAUUACCUUUUCUUAUUUAUGCUUGUAUUUCAUGUAUAUUUUGUUGACGUACCGCUUUCUAGCAAUGUAAAUAAAUUUACUAUUGACUGUCA